AUGUCAGCUGCCGCCGCUACCGCCGCUACCGCCACCGCCGGCGCAUCGGCUGCCGGCGCCUCCGCGACGCGUCCCUCCCUGAAGCCCGCCGGCGUCCCCCUCAACCAGGUGAGCCGGGUGAGGAGGGAAGAGAAAUGGUUAAGAAAGUGAUGGCUCAUUGGGGCGCAUUGCUGAUCUCGUCUGUGAUUUGCUUUUUUUUCGGAGCAGAAAUCGGCGUUCUAUGGGGCGCCCUUGGUGGACGGGAGGAGAGUGUCGCCCUUGGUGGCGGAGGUAAGGAAGACCGGGGAGAGGAAUCGGACUGGCAAGAGGGGGCUGGAGAUCAAUGCGAGGACUGCGGGGGCGUCUAAGAACAUAGAGGUCGAGGUGGACAAACCGCUGGGUCUGACGUUGGGGCAGAAGGCUGGUGGGGGAGUCGUCAUCACGGUGAGUUCUACUUCUCGUGAUGGGGGUCUUUUUCUUCUCGCUCUGUUGUGCUGAACCCUCUGAGGCAUGGAUACGAGAGUAAAAGAACCAUUCAAUAGUUUCUACUUUGAGUAGAGAUUUCGCAGACAUGAUAGGCUGUAGACGAUGAUAAAUCUGGGUUAUGCUAUUGCAUCCAACUACGUUCAUCUAAUCUGAUGCCUGAGUGACUUAGUACAUCAUUUUUAUCGGAAAUUCUUAAUGUUCAGGCUGGAGGAUUCUCCUUCCGCAUUUUAUUUUUUCUAAAUAAUCUUUAUUCUCUUCUGAAAUGAGGCUGCAUUUACUUGGUACCUCAUGUUUAUUCUGGGUCAAUAUUUCAUUCCAGAGAAUUUCUGUCCUCUAUGGUCGAAGCGUCUUAUCUCAGAUUUAUUUAUUUAUUUUUAAGGGGGGGGAGUUUCCUUGCCCUUACAUAUUCUCUGCGAUAAUUGAUUUCCUUAUAUUUAGCUCCCCUCUUCUUCCUGUUAUUUUGUCGGCCCAGGUGCCCUCUUUCUUCUUAGUUCCAUUGGUUUUUUUUUCUUUCUCCUUUAAUCUGGAGCUCUUCUGCUUUCCAACGGGGAGACCUUACUUUUGUAUUUUUUCUGUAUAUGUGCGUCUAUAUAUGCCUAUUUAUGUAUUAAUAAAUAGAUAGAAAGAUAUAGGAUUUUGUUUGUGGACUAAUGUCUCGCCUGGCCAUAUUUUCCUCAGGCGGUAGACUCUGGUGGAAAUGCAGCAAGGGCAGGACUAAAGUCAGGAGACCAAGUACUGUACACGAGCAGCUUCUUUGGUGAUGAACUUUGGCCUGCAGAUAAGCUAGGCUUUACCAAGACAGCGAUCCAAGCAAAGCCCGAUUCAGUUUACUUCGUUGUGAGCAGGUUGGUGUUAUCCGCACCAUUUCCCCCCUGUGAUCGUUGUCAUUAACUAGAAUGCUUCAUUUUGGUUAUCAAUGCAUGCGUUUUUUUUUAUUUUUUAAGCAAAAGCAUCUCCCUUGAAAGUAUAAAGAAAGGAAAAUUUUAAUUAAUGAGAAAAAAAUAAGUACUAUUUCUCCUCGUCUUCAGAUUGAUGGACAACAACAAUAGCGAGAAUAGAUUAUGCCCCUAUUAUGUCCGUAUGGACUGUGACCCAUUUCUUUUCCAUAAAAGAUUAGUAUACCUUCGAUGUAAACAGAUUCAGCCUAGACCCAAUCCCUUGGAUUCUAUUGCAGCAUUCUUUUUAAGGCCUGACAGAAAAAAAUUUAUGCGGCCAAUUUAUGGACUGGAUCGUGGUUCAAUUAUGUGAUGGAGCCCUUCUGUCUGAAAUCUUCGUUAUCAUUCAUUUACGUAGUCUGUAGUUCUAUUUUAAACGAUAUUUCUGGGCUUUGCUUCUUGCUUCACUGAGAUAUAAUAGAUCAUAAGAAGAUGAAUAAGAAUAUAAGGAUUGCUUCUGUUCUUAUUAUGUGGUUUCGUUCACUGGCGUUCUCAACCAUGUCGUGGAUGCCAGGGGGACUAAGAACACUAGAACAUAAAUGCACAGCGUCUAGGAGAUUUGUUUCGUGACAAGGCUAUCUUCUUUCUCUUGUUUACUGCUCUUCCCUCCACCAUUCAGGGGUGCCGAGGUUGAUGUGAAGAGAUUGCCCAAGAGGCCUGCUCCACCUCGAUUUGGCCGAACUCUGACAGAAGCUCAGAAGGUAGCACCACAUCCACGCUUCUCAUAGAAGCUUGGGGCCUCCAUGUCUGUUUCCUCCUCUUUUCUUUUUCACUGUGACAGCCCUUGGCAUCCUCAUCUUGCAGGCUAGAGCAACACACAUAUGCUUGGACUGCGGGUUCAUUUACUUCCUGCCUAAGCCGUUUGAAGAACAGGUCAGACCACUUUACUUUCUAUUUCUGGUUCUGCCUAAUGUUCUUCUAGUUCUUGGCAUCAACGUUUGGCUUGAAGAUUUGGGAUUUUUUUGAGUCACAGGGUCUCGAAUCUGACCCUCUUUUUUCAGUUUUUGAUGGCAUCGCUGUGUUUUUCUUCCAGCCCGAUUCGUAUGCUUGCCCUCAGUGCUCGGCACCAAAGAAGCGGUUUACCCCCUACGAUGUGAGCUCCGGGAAGCCGAUUGGCGGCGGCCUGCCACCAAUUGGGGUGAUUGUCGGCCUAGUAGCUGGCCUAGCGGCGGUUGGGGCGUUGCUAGUUUACGGCCUACAAUAA